AUGCCCGUGGUCCCUCAGCUCUUCCCAGGUGUGUCCAUGCCUGGUCGCAAAGGGGAGGCCGCGGUCAGGGAAGUUCAGCGCUUCCUCCGGCAAUGGGACCGGAGCGGCUCCGCGGGGCGCACCCGCAUGCUGGCGGCUUUCGUGGCGCAGAACGCGGGCAGCACGGGCCCCGAGCUCGAGCAGCGGCUCGCGCACAUGGCCAGUUUACUGCUGGCGCGAGUUCAUGCGUGGAUGAGGCUGCACUACACGUGCGGGACCUGCCUGGGUGUGCAGCUCAGAUCAGUAGGUGUGUUCCUUUCUGCGCCAAGCAAUCACUCUUACCUAACAGAGUUCCUUGAAGUUGGAGGUGUUUUCACCAUCUUGGAUAUCAUAAAUCACAAACAGACCAGCGAUGGGGACAAAAGAGAGGCCUUACAUUUGCUACAGGCUAUCGCCAACGCAGGGCGAACAUACAAAGAGCUUAUCUGCGAAAGCUUGGGACUCCCAGUCAUUGCAAAAUGCCUCGGCAAAUCAAAAGUGGAGGAGACCCAGGAGGCUGCUGUUACACUGCUUCAGUCCUUGGCCCAUGGAAACCCCAAACACAAAAAUCACAUUUAUAUGGAACUGAUUUCCCUUUUGUCUUGCACCUCCACCAAGACUCAACAGCUUGUACUGCAGACCCUCUGUAUUGUACAGAAAACUUUGAAUUCAGCCCACUCAAGCAUUUUAGAGCCUUUGUUUAAUCUGCUGAAGUCAUUGAGCUCUGAAGUGCAAUAUGAAGCUCUUCAAUUAAUAAGAAUGUUAAAGGGUUAUGAAGUUAUUCCUGCACUGCUGAAGGGCUUAGUCACUUUGCUGAAGCCCAAGACAGAAAGGAUCCAGAAAAACGACAUGCUGGAAGAUCCAGAAAAUAUCACAGUUACUGAGGAAUUUCCAGCGUUCAUUCAGCAAGCAGCUGCAGCCAGAGCUAUAAGGAUGCUAUCCCAGGAAAGCCAGGAGAUGUCUGACGAGCUGCUCCGGCAAGGAGUGGUUCAUCAUUUGCUCUGUGCCAUGGGGAAUCAGAAUCAUGCUGAUGCCCAGAAACAGGCCAGCCUGGCCCUAGAGCAAUUUGUCCGUGUAUACCCAGUCGUGAAGGAGCAUGUGAGAAAAGCUAUGGGAUCGACUCUAUUUAAUUUGUUCGUGCACAAUGCUGAGGUUUUACACAUGAAGAUGGAUGAAAUUCAAGUGGACAUACUGUUAUCAAACAAAGUAAACAUUUCAGAAGUUCUCAAGGAACCGCCACACUGAGAAUUGAAUUUCACUGCAGAUCCUUUUUACAUAAAAUCUUGACUGUUAUUUUUGCUGAAUUUGCUGACAUGGCCCCUUUAAGGCAGAACUAUAGGAAAUAAUGCAGGCAGAAAACAACAGAUGAAACCCCCAGCCUGGAAACCAAUGCACUGUGCACUGGACCGCUACAAGGAGUCCUUCUACUCUCCCUCUCCACUCUCUCCCAAAUCUUUCAGACCAGCUGGUUACAUGUUCACAUUGAUAGUUCCUCAGCUUACAGCAGCUGACUGUUAAACUAGCUAGGCAGGGUCUGGCAGUGAAGAUCUGUCAAUCACUUCCCAAUGCCACAGCUUCACUGCUCAUGAGCUCAAAAAACACAAAUAAAGCUUUAAUACUUUUUUAUUACAGUGAACACUUUGUUUAAACAUUGAAAAUAACAAACCUUCAGAUCCAAGUAGACACUGGAGUUGUGGCCUGUUCCUAUUGAAUUGACAUUUUUGGUAUGUGGUAUGUCCAUUGACACUAGAAUCACAUGCCUGCAUGAAAAUCAUUUUGUUGAUGUAAGGCACUCAUUGUAUUUUUCUCUGAGAUGUACAGUGCUUUGGAGAAGAGUGUCUGCUAAAUGAAAAAAUGUAAACAUUCAUACUACACUGUUUCAAGUAGUUUAAGAUCAGGACUGUGAUUUGGCUAAUUGUAAAGUACAACCAUUCCUCAUGACAUUCAAGAUACAAGAUGUAAUAGGAUUAAUUUAUUCUAUGAAAUCACCCUGAUAGGUGUGAAGAGCAAAAAUGUAUGUGUACAUGCGUACUUUUUGACUUAUGCCUUAUGGCGGACUGGUGUCCCGUCUUGGAUAUGUCCCCUCCCCCUCCAGUCUUGUGCCCUGGGUUG